GAUUUAUUGUGUUUUCUUAAUUGAGUGCAUAUUUAGCUGAUUUCAUAUGAUUUUGCAUGUUGAAUUUCUGAGGGUUACGAUUCUAUAUUUUCAUUUUCUUAUUUUUGAUGUUUUCAAUUCUUAUAAACUGAUUGACCUUGUACUUUAUUGUGACAAGGAAGGAAGGAAACGAUUUUGCUGCUCAAAUAACCUAAUCCCUGCAACAUGUUCGAGAUCUCAGAAGAGUUGGCAAAACAAGAGGGCAAGCCAAUCUCAGAGGAGUUGCAAAAGCAAGAGGGUGAUCAUAUAUCAAAUGAGUUGACAAACCAGGACGGUGAGCAGAUAUCAAAGGAGUUGUCAAACCAAGAUGGUGAGCAGGUAUCAAAUGAGUUGACAAACCAGGACGGUGAGCAGAUAUCAAAGGAGUUGUCAAACCAAGAUGGUGAGCAGAUAUCAAAUGAGUUGACAAACCAAGAUGGUGUAUGGACAUAUAACAUUUUUGACGUUAUUGACAACUGUAAACGCCCGCUAGAAGAUGGAGAGGACCCUGCUGCGAGAAAUGUUGCAAAACCAUUAGAAUUUCAUGAGAAAGAAGACACUGUGAAGGGCAUGCAUGAUCUUUCUCUAACCCAAAUUGACCACCCAGAUAAGUCAAAUCAUGUAGGAUAUCAUUCUGAGUCAAGUUCACUCAUUUCUAAGCUUGGGCGAGACCUGUCAAUCAACUGUCUCGCUCACUGCUCAAGGUCUGACUAUGGUGCAAUAGCUGCCGUGAAUAAAACAUUUUGGUCUCUCAUUCGAAGUGGAGAACUUUACAGGAUGAGGCGGUGUAUGGGUGUCAUUGAACAUUGGGUUUAUUUCUCGUGCAACCCGAUGGAAUGGGAGGCAUUUGAUCCAUUUCGCCACAGAUGGAUGCGUCUGCCACGAAUGCCUCCAACUGAAAUCUUCAUGUUUUCAGACAAGGAGUCGUUGGGCGUUGGUACGGAUCUACUUGUUUUUGGAAAGGAAAUAACUUCCCCUAUUGUAUUUAAGUAUAGUUUGUUAGCCAACACGUGGUCACUUGGAAUAAGUAUGAAUGCACCAAGGUGCUUGUUUGGAUCAGCCAGCUCAGGCGAAAUUGCCAUUGUGGCCGGCGGUUGUGAUCCAACUGGUAGAAUUUUGAGCUCAGCCGAGCUUUACAAUUCAACAACGAGCAUGUGGGUGAGUAUCCCAAAUAUGCACAUGCCUAGAAAAAUGUGCUCAGGAGCAUUCAUUGAUGGAAAAUUUUAUGUAGUUAGUGGGAUCGGGAUAGAGAACCCUGGCAUGCUUACUUCUGGGGAAGUUUAUGAUUUUGAAAAAAAUACAUGGACUGUAAUACCAGACAUGUUUCCACCGCGAAACGGGGAGGUUGGGGGCACAACAUUUGUUGCAGGUGGGGCACCACCUUUAAUUGCUGUUGUGAAAAACGAGUUAUAUGCAGCUGAUUAUGCUCGACAUGAGGUGAGCAGAUAUGACAAGACGGGGAAUGUGUGGAUCACACUUGGGAGACUACCAGAAGGAGCAGAUUCAAUGAAUGGAUGGGGUUUAGCUUUCAGGGGAUGUGGAGACAUGCUCGUCGUUAUUGGUGGCCGAAGGAAUUCAGGUGGAGGUGUGAUUGAGUUGUAUGCUUGGGUUCCAAGUGAAGGCCCUCUAGAGUGGAACUUGCUUGCAGCAAAGGUCUCUCCUAAUUUUGUUUAUAAUUGUGCAGUGAUGGGAUGCUGAGUUGCUUGCUUUGGUUAUGCAGUUGGCUUUAUAUUGCUAGCUUUUUGCAAAGUUCAUCUUACCGUCGUACAUA